AGAUGCGCCGCCGUUUUCAAGGACGGAUUCUGCUGCUGUCUUCUGCUCGCGCUACAUAUCCAAAUGUCAUGAUGCGUCUACGCAUUGUUUGUGUAUGUAAUAAUCGUGUCUCCGUCGCGGAGUAAGAUAAUAAUCAAUUUUUCGGAGGGAAAAAACGUGCUGCGGAGAGAUGACGAUUCAGUUGCAAUUGAGCAUCGGACACUCUCGCCGCGACGGUCGUGGAUAAGCGCGCUGCCAGUCGUUCGGAGUUUCGCAAAGCUAUAACCUCAGCAAUAAAGUGACGCAACGAAAGUAAUAUCGAUUUUUUAGCAUUUGACUUAGUUAAUUUUUAACGCUAUUUGAUGAGCAGCAACAUGGCAUGGCUCGGGAAUAUAGCGCACAGUGUUCUGCGAAACAUCUCAUUGUUUCCGGAGAUACCCUGCAAUCAAGUGCAGGAAGUCAAGACUAGCGAAUAUCACAAAAGACACAUACACUGUCGUGAAGACGGCAUCGUUUUAUAUAAGCCUGGAGGAUCUGACAAGGAUAAAAAAUAUGAAAUUGUAUUGCACAGACCGUGCUCAGAGUCUUUACAUCAGGGAUACAGUUUGUAUCGCUCAGAAAAUUUGGAAGAGGUAGAAACUAAAUUCAUUAUUUACAAAGACAAAGUGCCAGUUCUCAUUGACAUAUGCCGUGAGAUGGCGAAUGACAAAAAAAUUCAAAAGCUCUGCGAUACUUUAGUGGAGCACUCGACUUGGACUCUAGCUCAUGUCUCAGCAGGUUUAAUGCUCUAUGAAGCUUUCAACCAUGACAUUGUUCUCAACUACUUGAAUAGCAGUGACAAUGAAACAGGAGCUUCGCCGCUACAAGUUGCCAUUACUACUCAUAACUUAAAAAUAGUUCAAAUGUUGAUAGCAGCCAAAGGUUCACUGACACAUUUGGACUGGAAAGCCAAUACUGUUUUUCAUUAUGCUGCAAAUUCUACAAAAGAAAUUAUUCUAGCCCUUGGUUCUGAUCUUCCCCACAUAUUAAACAGCAGAAACAGCGAUGGCUAUACUCCAAUGCAUUUGGCUUGUUUAAAUGAUAAGCCAGAUUGCGUUAAAGCAUUGCUGUUGAUUGGAGCUGAUGUUAAUAUUUCUGCAACUGAAGGCUCAGCCUCGACGCCGGGCUACAUCGGUGACUUUCUGCACAACCAGCCGAACAGCUUGAAGCACGAGGACAUGAAGUACGGCGGCACACCGCUGCACUGGUGCUGCAGCCGCGAGGUGAUCAAUCAGUUGAUCGAGAAGAAUUGCGACAUCGACGCGCUGAACUUCGACGGCAGGACGGCCCUGCACGUCAUGGUGAUGCGCAAGAGGCUGGAGUGCGUGUCGGCCCUGCUCAGUCACAUGGCCAACAUCAAUAUCGUCGACAGAGAGGGAAACAGUCCUCUGCAUCUUGCCGUGGCUCAGUCCACACCAGCCAUCGUUCAACUUCUCUUGGCUUUCGGAGCGGACGUCAACUCGAGAAAUUUCAACGGAUCGUCGCCCCGUCACCUGGUGAACGUCGAUCAGCCCGACGGACAGAAAAUCCUGUACAUCCUGCACGCGGUCGGCGCGAAACGCUGCCCGGCAGAGACGCGCAGCUGCCAUCAGGGCUGCAAGCACAGAGAGACGUUCGACGGCGUGGCGCCACCCGAGCCGCCAACCGCCGUGUCGCGGUCCGUGCUCGACCAAAUGCUCUACGUGUCGAGCAUGGCAAAAAUGGCGUCGGAGGCCGAGUCGUCCAAGAGGGGCAAGAAGAAGAGCGGCGGUCGGCUGCUCUGCCUCGACGGCGGCGGCAUUCGCGGCCUGGUGCUCGUCCAGACGCUGCUGGAAAUCGAGUCCGUGCUCGGCAAGCCCAUCGGCACGUACUUCGACUGGAUCGCCGGCACGUCCACGGGUGGCAUACUGGCGCUGGGCAUAGUCGCCGGCAAGUCCCUGCAGGAGUGCCAGGCGCUCUACUUCCGCAUCAAGGACAGCACCUUCGUCGGCAGCCGGCCGUACGCGAGCGAGCCCCUCGAGUCGGCCCUCAAGCAGACCCUGGGCGAGGAGACGGUCAUGUCGGACAUUCGCUAUCCCAAGCUCAUGAUCACGGGCGUGCUGGCGGAUCGCAAGCCCGUGGAGCUCCAUCUGUUUCGCAAUUACGAGUCGCCGAGCAAGAUACUCGGCCAGCCGGUGAGCGACAAGUUCAAGCCGACCCUCGAGCCCGAGGAGCAGCUGUGCUGGAAGGCCGCGAGAGCCACGGGCGCGGCGCCCUCGUAUUUCCGCGCCUUCGGUCGGUUCCUCGACGGCGGUCUGAUAGCCAAUAAUCCGACACUCGACGCCAUGACCGAGAUACACGAGUACAAUCUGGCCCUGGAGGCCUCCGGCAGAGCCGCCGAAGUUGUACCGUUGCAGUUGGUCGUAUCGAUCGGCACUGGUGCCAUACCUUGCAAGCCUCUGCAAAAUGUCGACAUUUUCAGACCGGGGGGGAUCUUUGAUACGGCCAAAUUAGCCAUGGGUUUAUCGACUCUUGCCGCCCUGCUGGUGGACCAAGCCACUGCGUCCGACGGACGGGUCGUCGAUCGCGCGCGCACCUGGUGCUCCAUGAUCGGCGUGCCCUACUACCGCUUCAAUCCGCAGCUCAGCGCCGAGAUCGAGAUGGACGAGAGGAGCGACGCCAUACUCGCCGAAAUGAUGUGGACCGUCAAGGCUGCCAUGCACGCGAAUCGCGACCAGAUCAAGGAACUCGGAGCUGUGCUGGACUCGCUCAACGAAUAGAAAUUUACCUUUUAUCUAAACGAUCCUUCGCAUGUUCGUAUGUGGCAUAUCAUUAUUUUCUGAUUUUAUUUAUUUUUUUCAAGUUUAUGUUUUGAAUCGAAUUUUGCUCGAGGCAUGUGAUGCCCGAGCAUCGUGUGCAUGAAUUCUCUCUCCUGUGAUUUGUAAUUUUUGUGACGCGAACCAUAUCUUAUAUAAUUCAAAUAAUAAUUCCACUGAUGAUUUGCGUUCAGUCAUAUCGAAGAAUGAGGAAUAUUUUAGUCGAAAAUAUAAUCGAAGCAGUCCUGAUAAUGCUGAGAUAAUUUAUGCCGUUUGUCUAUCGGUCAAAUAAUGUAGUUUAAUUAAUUAUUAUAUCAAAGCGCCACAUCUUGAAUUUAGAACUUAAUAGUCAGAGACAAAAUUGAGAGAAGCGAGAGGUAAUAUUGUGUAUUAGCGUAGAGCUUUUUCUACUUUUUUCGUAUAUGAGUGUACAGAUAAUAUUUUAUACGACGAUUGACGUGUAUUUAGAGAGAUGGUGUAGCCACGAGACUCACUGUGGGAAGUACGGGUUUUGGCCCUUGAGAGAAUUUUUAUUACAUGUUGUAGUUAUAAUUAUCAUUAUCUGUAAAAAACAACAACAAAACAAAAUGCACAAUUGAUCGACACCCAGAAAUUUUAUGAAACGAAGUUUUUUUUAUUAUCAUUUCGUAAGCAACAGAUUAAUUUUAAAUGUUAUCAUAAGUACCUGUCAGAGUCACCAAAUGAACAAACAUACCAAGUGUUCGCCGUAAUAACGAAUUGCCAUAGCAAAACAAAUAAUACAAUAAUAUAUGAAUCAAUAAAAAAAAAAGGUUUCAGAAAUAAAUUUAUUGUUCAACCAACAUA